CAUGACACAUAACAUAGAACACAAAACAGAACCUUACUUUCCACUUCCAUCCUCUUAACAUGAAAUGAGACACAGAAGAGAACUUGGUUGACGGAAUCAAACAUUCAAACCCAAACAACCCACCUUGUAGAUCCGCACGCACAGACACCUUCCCAGAUCUCCUUUCCCCCUGUUUCCUAAACCUUGAUAAAUAACAUCAACAGUGAACGAUUGUGUUCGUUUGUUGGGAUUCUAAAUUUGAAGCGUCGGAAUGGAGGGAAGUGGCGGUGGUGCUGCUCCGUCGUCUGCGCCGGUGAAGCAAUAUCUGCAGGAGUUCUCUAAGCUGUUUCAGUAUUAUCUGGACAAAUCUACCCCUCAUUCCGCCUACAGAUGGAUUGGGACAUUGGUCAUGGCAUCCAUCUACGUCUUGCGUAUUGUUUACGUUCAGGGGUUUUACGUUGUCUCUUACGGCCUCGGAAUCUACCUCCUCAAUCUCUUGAUUGGUUUUCUAUCCCCUUUGGUUGAUCCAGAGCUCGAUCCCUCCAACUCCCCUUUGCUUCCCACCAAAGGAUCCGAUGAGUUCAAACCCUUCAUUCGCCGCCUCCCUGAGUUUAAGUUCUGGUAUUCUUUCACCAAGGCUCUCUGCAUAGCGUUUGUGAUGACCUUCUUUUCCCCGUUUGAUGUUCCUGUCUUUUGGCCUAUAUUACUCUGUUACUGGUUUGUUCUCUUUGUCCUUACAAUGAGGCGCCAAGUUGCACACAUGAUCAAAUACAAAUAUAUCCCAUUUAACUUGGGGAAGCAGAAGUAUACUGGUAAGAAAUCUUCUGCAGGUAGCAGUGGCUCUCGAGCAGACUGAAAAACUUUGCUCUCACAAUGAGGAUCUACUUUGUUAGGUUUUCUGAACAAUCAGGCUAGUUAAUUCCCCCACCUCCACUUUUUUUUUUUUGAAAGAAUUUGUAUUUAGGGUAUUAUGGAUGCGUAUGCAUUAUGCAGUGCAGAAAAUCUUGUUGCCCACUAUUUAUUAUAUUACACAUGAAGACGUGCUGAUAUUGGUACACAUGUAUUGAUUGGAUUUCUUGUAAAUCUCAUCUUGUAUUCUUGAAUUUGUGAUACUAGAAUUUUUCCAUUA